AUGUGUGAUCUUCCUCCGGAGCUCAUAUCCUCCAUCGUGUCCUAUGUAUCCGACGACAGAGUAUCCCUCAAGUCAUGCAUGUCCGUCUCUACCACCUGGCACCUUCAGACACGACCUCAUCUCUUUCGCAAGUUCACAUUCUGCGUUGGCUUCCAGAUCUCACAAAGCGACAUCCGUCGCAAGUUGGAAAGCUUCCUCGACAUCGCCAGAGCUGAACCAAGGAUCUCGGGCUACGUUCACGAGCUGGAGAUUACCUCCACCAGCUCCGCUGGGACGAUGUGGCUCCUGGACGACACCUUAUUACCACAGGUCCUACGGUCACUUACCCAGGUUCAGACAUUUCGUCUCCACCUGCCCCGAUACAAAGACUCGAAUCGGCAGUGGUGGUGCUCAGCGGACAUUGCUUUACAGUCAGGCAUUCGACACAUCUGCUCUCUUCCGACAUUGAAGUCUCUUUCCGUGCAAUCCGCGGCGCUUCCUCAGGAGCUAUGGACAGCUGCUUCGUCCCUGUCAUCACUGUGCUGGGACGAGAGCAUCGCAGUGGUUCCAGGUUCAGACAAGCCAUGGGCGUCAAGCAUAACCGUGGAUAAUUACCCACCACUCCGAUCCCUCGAUAUCCUUGUCCCAGACGCGCUGGCCCAUUUUGUGGAAAAGCAUCCUCUGUCGUUGCGCGGGCUACGGAAAGCGCGUCUUACGGCCCCCUCCACCUCCCUGGACUACAUACCCGAAUUCCUCAAUCUGACCAGUACCUCGCUUUCGGAGCUUGAGGUUCACAUAGUCUGUAAAUCCGAAGGUGGAUUCGAGGUGUCAGGUUGCAGCGAGAAACCCAUGAAUCUUCGCGACCUCCAACUCGUCUAUUACUACUGGCAUGAUCACUAUGUCGCUUGCCAAUCCUCCAUAGCACCUAGCCUAUCUGCAUUCCUUGCCCCUUGCAUCCAAACCAUCGAGCUGCAUGUCCAGUGCUCGUGCGAAGGAAAUCAACACUCGUUCCAAUUCCAUCGACUGCUGCAGCAAGUGGAUGCCCUUUUCAGCUCCGUCGACCGAUCUCCUCACGGAUUCGCAUUGAAAUCUUUCAGAAUACUAUUCUCCAGCCUCGGUCAUUCGUCAUGUCCGAGCCACCCAGAUGUGAAGACACCUCGGGAUUGGGUCUCCUUCCUUCCGACUCUCAAGCUUUGGCACAGCACUAUCGAUUCUUUUGACCUCGCCAUCGAGAUUCAACACCACAUAUAG